GGGCACCGGCACCGGGAGGCGGCGGGCCCCAGUUCUCCAGGCACCAGGAGGCGAUGAGCCCCAACGCUCCCCUUACCGGGCACCGGGAGGCGACGGCCCCAAGCCUCACCUUACUGGGCACCGGGACCGGGAGGCGACGGGCCCCAGUUCUCCCCGCACCGGGACCAGGAGGCGGUGGGUCCCAACCCUCCCCGCACCGGGACCAGGAGGCGGUGGGUCCCAACCCUCCCCGCACCGGGACCAGGAGGCGGUGGGUCCCAACCCUCCCCGCACCGGGACCAGGAGGCGGUGGGUCCCAACCCUCCCCGCACCGGGACCAGGAGGCGGUGGGUCCCAACCCUCCCCGCACCGGGACCAGGAGGCGGUGGGUCCCAACCCUCCCCGCACCGGGACCAGGAGGCGGUGGGUCCCAACCCUCCCCGCACCGGGACCAGGAGGCGGUGCUGGGAGCGUCUGUGCGGGGAAAGCGAUAUCUCUAGGAGCUCCUGCUACCGGAGGGCCUCCCGCCGGGAUGAGUUGUGAUGGACCCUGUGGGUAACAGCUGCCCGUUCUCUUCCCCUCUCAGAGUCUGUGCUGAGGACUCUGUGCCUCCCUGGGGCUGUUGUUGACUGCAUUUGCCUCUGGUUGGCGUGGGCUGUCUGUUUUGCCUCAUUCUCCUAGCGGUGUGGUUGACCAGGGACUGGUGGACGCUUACUGGCUUUGGACAGGAGCUGCUGUGGAUGAAGCUUAAGAGGCUAGAAUAAGGUAAAGUAGCUGGAGAAUGAAAUCAAGGGGAUAGAGAUGGAAGGUGCCUCCAGCCACAGAUGAGAGACAGCCAGCCUUUCUGAGUGGGGAAGGGUCUCUCUGAGUAGUCCUCAGCAGACCUGAUUGCCAACAUGUACCACAGGGUCUGUAUGCAUAUCCAAAAGCAGGGUACAGCCAUGGGGAGGGUGUAUGUGCAUGCAAGGCUGUGUAGCUCAGAAGCCUCGUAUUGUAAGAGCUAUAAAACACCACUGUGUCCUCUUAGGUGUAGGACAGCCAAGCAACCAGAGCUGUAGGAAGAGGAAAGGAGAGAGAAAGAGACAGAGAAAUAAGUGUCUGAACUGGAAAAUUAUGUGGGCAGAGCCAAAAUCGGGAGCUGCAGAGUCCCAGGCCCUUAGGGCCGUGUCCUGUUCAUCUGUAUCCUGGUUUCUCCCUGCCCAUCUCUGUGUCCCGCACCCCUUGAGAUCACUGCCUGUUUGUUUCUGCUGCCAUCUCCCUCUUUACCUGUCCAUCAAUCUGCCUGGCUUCCUCUGUUCCUCUGUCUUCCUGGUCCUUUAUUUUCCUCUGUCUUUUUUUCCAUCCCUGUAUCCCUGCUCUUUUAUUUAUUCUUGUGUCCCGCUCCCUGUCCUUCUCUGCUCCUCAGUCCUGUUCCCCACUGCUCUCUGUCCUUCGGUUCUCGUGUCCUGCUCCCUGUCCCCCCCCUUUUUUUUUUUCUACAUCUAUUUCUGUACUACAGCCCAUUACCCUUUUUUCAUUCUUCAUCUCUCUGUCUGGGUCUGUGCCUCUUUUUUUCUCAAUCCCUCUGGCUUGUUCCCUGUCUUCUUUAUUCUCUAUCUAUCCUUAUGUUGUGUUUCCCAUCCCUGUAUUUCUCUGUCUUUCUGCCUGUCCCGCCCUUUCUCCCUCCAUCCUGCUCCCUGUCAGUAUUUUUACUUUCUUUGUCUCUCUGCAGGACAUUUCAUCCCCGUUUUUACUUUUUUUUUUUUUUUUUUUUUCCCAUCUCUGUCCUCAUACAUGUGCCUUUCUAUCUGCUCCUCAGCCCUUCUUCCGCUUAUUUUUCUCUUUCUGUCCCUCUGCCCUGCUUUCUGUCCUCAUCUGUCUCUGUUGUUAUCCUUGUGCAUCCUCUUGUCUUCCUAUUCCACUGUGUUCCCUCCCUCCAAUCAGUUUUAUGGCCUCCUCUGGACCUGUUCCAACAAGUUCCUUUCUGCCUUGUACUAG